AUGAAGUUCAUUGCUGGCGUCUUGGAGUACAUCUCAGUCCUGGAAAGGGUGCAUGCCAGUCAAAUGGAUGCCAAGCGCCCUACCAAACGCCCCCCCCCCGGCUUUCCCCAACACGGCCCUCUUUUCACUCCCCCCACCCAUACCAAUCUCUGGCUUCACGGCAAAGCCUUUGAGUCUCAAGCCGACACCGCUCUCCUGGAGCCUGUGCUCAUCUUACAUUCCCUCUUCUGUCCAAUGAUGGGGCUGAACAAAUGUCCUGCCCCUAAUUGUACAGGAAGUGUCAAGAAGAAGGGCUGGACGCACGUUCGCUCUCUCUAUGGCAUCUUUGGCAAUGUGAAGGCGAUAGGGGAGCAGAUGUACUGCUCACAGCAUAAGGUGUUCUCGCCCACCGCGCCGGGGUUUUGGAAAGGUCGCAAGCCAUGGGAAAUGGGCAAGUUUCCCCUCUUCUUUGAACAGGCUGCAAUGACUUGCGAGCUAUUCAAACUCAUCGCCAAAUUCCGGCCCAAGUCGUCAGUUGAGGCGGUCCUUUUGCCAUAUCUGCUUAUUCAUCUAAUUCAUGGUCUGACUAUUCCUCCAGAGAUGCAUAUUCAAAGCGCACAAGAGACCAAGAGAGAUUUUUACCUUCUUUAUCAACAACAGCAGCAACAUCAAACCUCAUUGCCAAUAGGGGAUAUAGCUAGCUUUCCCUCGGUGGAUCAGUCAAGAUUGAAGGUGCCAUCUGCAGGCCUCGUUCGACAUGCAUAUGAGAUAUUCGGUGUACAGCGUCUGGAGGAAAGUUCAAGGUACAUGAGAAGUUUGGGAGGCUUGAUAGUCGGUGUGGACUUGACUAUGAAGGUCGCCAAUAAAGCGAACGUUGUUGGCAGGCAUCACUCAGGGGCUAUCGAGUCCAUCAACCCAUGGGGUGGUGGUCUUCUGACCAGGGUGAACGAAGACCAGGAGCUCGUAUUUUGGGAGUUCCUCCCUACCAAUUCGGCGGUCUAUCUACAAGCACCUCUGGCGGAAUACGCGGAGCGUUUGGCCGCCCUCGGCAUUGACUUCACUCGACAGGGAGAGGUAGCCGUUGACAAGUGCUGCAACUUCCAAUCCAGCAUCACCAGCGAGCUGCGUGACGGAGAGAAGGGUACGCCCACUGUUUAUCGCCCAGUUGAGGAGCAGGUCCGUAGGAUGGAUGAGAUGAAGGAGCGAAUGAUGCGCAACUAUGUCCCGCUCAAAGUGAGAACGAACCUGGCCAUCAAUAAUCAGAUGAACCAUAUCCGGGCUGGUUGUCUUCAACGCCGUCAUCCGCAUCUUAUAUCCAACACCAGUAUCAACAAGUCUUGGCACAAGAGGAUCAACAAUACGGUACGGGGCAUGGCGUCAAGUCUCCCCACUGUUGUCUUCUUGGCGCUAAGGGAUCUACGGCGAUCCGUCCAGGGAUUUGCUGCUAUCAACCGAGAGCUGGAGGAGGCUGAGGCUGAGCUUCAGAUAAUAGAUGAUGAGAACGACAUGGAGGGUAUCGAAGAGGAAGAGAGCGACAAGCACGGCUUCAACAUGAUGUUCUUGGGUACCACAAUCAACAGCGAGGCCGACCAGGAUAUCAAUCCCUAUGAGCAACCAGUUGACGGACGCACUCCUCGAUCCAGGAAGUGCUCACAGCCGUAUACAGACGGCCCUUACUACGAAGAUGACAGUUGGUGUGUUGCACGACGCACAAGCUUCACUCCAUCCCAAUGCUUCUCCAAUCCCCCCCCUUCCAUCUUCAUCAACAUCUUCCCUUCCUUCUUCAGCAACGUCUUCCCUCCCAUCUUCAUCAACGUCCACUCUUCCGAUAUCGUCCUCUAUCAGCCAUCCAGACCACCCAGGCUCAUCAACCAUCGCUGCGACCCUUCCUACAAUGGCGGUCUUCUGGCCCCCGCAGCUGUUGGGGGAAAUGCGUUGGCUAUUAUCGCUGGCUCUAGCUCGCUUGGAACCCGCAGAAACGGUGCCGCAGGGCUAUCUCGGUCCGAGGCCUUGUACAGUGCAAGUACUGUAAGCUCCCUCCAGAAGGAAAAGCGCAAGGGCACCGAAUACUUUUGUAUCUUAGCUUUGCGGCUGAUGUUCAGAUGGGACUCAGCUGCCGACUUGAGAGAGUGGGAAGAGGCGGCCAGGCAGUAUAACAACCCGAACCUUGAACUCAACCCCCAUCACUAUAUCACCCAUUACGGACAGCCUCCGGGUGAUGGGCCUUGA